GAAAAAAAAGAUAUUUAAGUGUUCUUUUCUGCAGGAGUCGCAGCUGAAGGCUCUGAAGGACACGGUGCAGCUGUGCCUGUCGUCGGUGCUGCGCCAUCAGCCCCCCACCAUCAACCUCGUCCCCUCCAAACCRGCAGAGAAACUCCCUGCCCCCAUCACCAAGGGCUCCAAAGCUCCUGUCCAAGUGACAAACACCAAGGUGUGGAAAAACGUCUCAGCAGAGAAAGAGAAUUUCCACGUGGCCUCGAAAAAGGAAGAAAACCAGAGCACCCAGGAGUGUGAUUCUCAAGAUGUUGCCAAGACAUGUUUGGGGAAUCGUAAUGCUUCCACAUCUCGUUUGAAGGCAGCAGAAACAGACACAAGCUUUCAGAAGUUGCACAGCCCUCCAUGGACUAAACCUGAAGAUAAAAACUCACCGGAAAAAAAGGAGAAAAAAACUGAAGAAUCAGUUAGUACAAAAGACAAAAAACUCUAAAUGCUACAUUGAAAUCUACAUUGAUCUACAUUGAAAAAUGCCAAUCACAUCCAACUUCAUAUUCUGUUAGGGCAAAGGCAUGAAAUGUCCCAGGUUUCUAAAGCAUGCAUUUUUCACUAUUUUAUGAAUGUUUGUAAAUUAGUCUAGAAUAGACCAAUUAGUACCUUCCAGCAAUAAUCCAAAAUGGAUGUUUGAAGAAAUGCUUUGUAAUGCAGUCCAGUUUUUGAACUCUUGUUCUACYUUAUCAGUAAUUGCAUACUAUAAAUUACCUUAUUUGUAAACAACAGUCAUUCUCAAGUAUUUUCUCAGUCUGUUCUAUUUCACAUAAYUUUAUGGCAGAUUAGGUUUUUAAAUUAAGAUUAAGGGGCACUCAGUGUGUGUGKGGGGAAAAUAUCUGUGUAACCAUAUUUGAAUUACAAUUCCUAAGUGCAACUGUAAAAAGGGAACUGUGGGGGGGGGUCCAUGUACACUUACCUUUCAGUAAUUCCAUUUCAAAUCUACUUACUUACACAAUAAAAAAAUGUUUAUUUUGUUCUUUUUUA